AUGAUAGGUGAAUUCCCUCACCGAGAUCUUCAUCGUUUAUCAACCCAAUAUGGUCCCAUAUUCUACAUACGUCUAGGUUUCAUUCCAACCAUUGUUGUUUCUACCCCUCAAACUGCCGAGCUUUUCCUCAAAACUCAUGAUCUUAGUUUUGCUGGUAGACCCUUCAGUUCAGCAGCCAAAAGUAUUUCAUAUGACCAAAAAGGCUUAACCUUUGCCACAUACGGUCCAUAUUGGCGUAAUAUUCGAAAAUUAUGUAUUUCAAAACUACUUAGUAGCAACAAAGUAGAGUCAUUUAGAUCCAUGAGAAGUACUGAGUUAGGACUGUUUAUCACAUCCCUCAAACAUGCCGCAAUAUCGCGCGAAAUAGUAAAUGUUAGUAAUAAGGUUUUGUCUCUCAGUACUGAUAUGUCGUGUUUAAUGGUAUUUGGAAACAAGUCAAUGAAAAGUAGUGAUGAUCAUAAAGGAUUCCAAGAUGUGGUUCAUGAGGGAAUGAAACUUGCGGCAAUUUUUAAUAUCGCCGACUAUAUUCCUUAUAUUGGUUUGCUUGAUGUUCAAGGGCUAGGGAAGCGGAUGAAAGAGGUUAGUAAAGUUUUCGAUGAAUUGUUUGAGAAAAUUAUCGACGAACACGUCAAAGUAUUCGAUAAGGAUAAUCAGAAAGAUUUUGUCGAUGUUAUGUUGGCUUUUAUGGACGAAAAAGAUACCGACUUUUUUAUCGAUCGUUCCAAUAUCAAAGCGAUCAUACUUGACAUGCUGGUAGGUUCUAUGGAUACUUCAUCAACGGCCGUUGAGUGGACAAUAUCCGCACUAUUGAAGAAUCCAAGAGUGAUGAAGAAAUUGCAAGAAGAGUUGGAAAGAGUCAUUGGUUUAGACCGACUUGUGGAAGAAUCGGAUUUACCAAACUUGGAAUACUUGGAUAUGGUUAUUAAAGAAAGCAUGAGACUCUAUCCGGUUGCACCACUGUUAAUUCCCCAUGAAGCAAUGGAAGACACCAUUGUCAAUGGCUUCUUCAUACCAAAAACUUGUCGCAUAAUAAUAAACAGUUGGGCAAUUGGACGUGACCCGAAUUCAUGGACAGAUCCUGAAGAAUGUAUCCCAGAAAGAUUCAUGGAGAGCAGGAUUGAUCUUCGAGGACAAGAUUUUCAACUCCUCCCAUUCGGAUCAGGUAGGCGAGGUUGCCCCGGAAUUCAACUGGGUCUCCUAGCGGUUCGAUUGAUCGUUGCUCAGCUCGUUCACUGUUUUGAUUGGGAACUUCCAAAUGGCAUGUCACCUGAUGAUUUGAAUAUGACCGAAGAGUUUGGUCUCACAAUGCCUUGA